CACCAUCCUGUCGUACGACGGCAGCAAGUUCAUGAAGGUGCAGCUGCCCAUGGCCAUGCACACGGAGGCAGAGGACGUCUCGCUGCGCUUUCGCUCCCAACGGGCCUACGGCGUUCUCAUGGCGACCACGUCCCGCAACUCGGCAGACACCCUCCGCCUGGAGCUGGACGGGGGCCGAGUGCGGCUCACCGUCAACCUAGGUAAAGGCCCAGAGACCAUCUUUGCGGGGUCAGGUCUCAAUGAUAAUGAGUGGCACACGGUGAGAGUAGUCCGGCGCGGCAAGAGCCUCAAGCUCACCGUGGACGACCUGCAGCCUGUUGAAGGUCAAAUGGCGGGCGACCACACCCAGCUGGAGUUCCACAACGUGGAGACGGGCAUCGUGACCGAGAAGCGCUUCAUGCCGGCCGUGCCCUCCAACUUCAUCGGGCACCUGCAGGGCCUGGCGCUGAACGGCAUGCCGUACAUCGACCUGUGCAAGAACGGCGACAUCGACUACUGCGAGCUCAACGCCGUCAUCGGCUACAAGAGCAUCGUGGCCGACCCCGUCACCUUCCGCUCGCGCUCCAGCUUCGUCACGCUGCCCACGCUGCAGGCCUACUACUCCAUGCACCUCUUCAUGCAGUUCAAGACCACCUCGCCCGACGGACUCGUCCUCUUCAACCGGGGGGACGGCAAUGACUUCAUCGUGGUCGAGCUGGUUAAAGGCUACCUUCACUACAUCUCCGAUCUGGGCAAUGGAGCCCACCUAAUCAAGGGCAACUCCAACAGUCCCUUGAACGACAAUCACUGGCACAACGUUCACAUUUCCCGAGACACCAACAACCUUCACACGGUCAAGAUCGACACCAAAGUCACCACGCAGACCACCAUGGGCGCCAAGAAUCUCGACUUGAAGGGUGACCUGUACAUUGGGGGCGUGUCCAAAGAGAUGUACAAAGACCUCCCGAAGCUGGUCCACUCCCGGGAGGGUUUCCAGGGUUGCCUAGCGACAGUGGAUCUCAACGGCCGGCUCCCUGACCUUUUGGCGGACGCCUUGGCAACCGUGGGACAAGUGGAGCGAGGAUGUGAAGUUACAUUGAUGAAAGCUGACUUGCAAGGUCCCAGCACCACCUGUCAAGAGGACUCCUGCUCCAAUCAGGGGGUCUGCUUGCAGCAGUGGGAGGGCUUCACGUGCGACUGCAGCAUGACGUCAUACGCAGGGCCUCUGUGUAACGAUGCUGGGACAACGUACAUCUUCGGGCGCGACGGUGGCACGGUGACCUACACCUGGCCCCCGAAUGAGCGUCCCAGCACCAGGGCAGACCGGCUCGCCCUGGGCUUCAGCACCCAGCAGAAGCACGCCAUUCUGCUGCGUGUGGACAGCGCGUCAGGCCUGGGAGACUACCUCCAGCUGCAGAUAGACAAAGGCAAUAUCAGAGUGGUGUUCAAUGUGGGCACGGACGACAUCAACAUCGAGGAGAGCUCCAAGUUUGUCAACGACGGGAAGUACCACAUCAUCCGUUUCACCCGCAGCGGGGGCAACGCCACCCUGCAGCUGGAUGACCUGCCCGUCAUCGAGCGCUACCCCUCAGGCAACAUUGAUAACGAGCGCCUGGCCAUCGCCAGACAGCGAAUCCCCUAUCGGCUCGGUCGAGUAGUUGACGAUUGGCUACUCGACAAAGGUCGCCAGCUGACCAUCUUCAACAGUCAGACCACGGUGCGCGUGGGCGGACGCGACCAAGGCGCCGCCAUGUUCCAGGGCCAGCUCUCGGGCCUCUACUACAACGGCCUGCGCAUCCUCAACAUGGCCGCCGAGGGCCACCCGCACAUAAGGGUGCACGGCAGCGCCCGGCUGGUGGGCGACAUGCCGUCGUCCUCCAUCACGCCGCAGUCCAGCGCCGCCGCCGGGGGCAACCGCUCCGACUCGGCCCCCUCCAUCAGCGACAUCACUACCACCACGGCCACCAACAGGAAGCAGGGCUCCACCCAGCAGUCGGCCGACGACAUCCUGGUGGCGUCCGCCGAGUGCCCCAGCGACGAUGAGGACAUCGACCCCUGCGACCCCAGCUCAGCCCGUCCUCCCCUGCCGGAGGUGAAGGUCUUCCCCGGCCCGUCGGAGGUGGUCCGCGAGAGCAGCAGCACCACGGGCAUGGUGGUGGGCAUCGUGGCGGCGGCGGCGCUCUGCAUCCUCAUCCUGCUCUACGCCAUGUACAAGUACCGCAACCGCGACGAGGGCUCCUACCACGUGGACGAGAGCCGCAACUACAUCAGCAACUCGGCGGCGCAGCCCAACGGCAGCGCCAAGGACAAGCCGCUGGGCAUCACCAAGAUCUCCAAGAACAAGAAGAACAAAGACAAGGAGUAUUACGUCUGAAGCGGCGAGAAACAUCGGAUGCACAAAAAAAAAACAACUAAGAAAAAAAAAAAAAAACGGCUCUAUGUACAUAAAUAGGUAUAUUCUCAAAAAGAGCACACGCGGACGUUAAUGUUUACUCUCCAAUAAUCCCACUUUCAUCCAAGCACACACAGACUGGCCAGAGAGGGGCCCCCAGGGACCCUUCGUGUACAAAAUCGACCUACGACAGCCUCGGGAAAGCGGCUCUUUUUAUGAACCAUUUAGGAAGGACUCGCCAAGGACGCUUCGCCCCAGAAAAAAAAAAAGUUUGUGUGAAUUUGCUCUUACUGACGACUCUGCACACGUCACGCACUGCAGGGGCGUGCACCCCAAAAACCACAAAAAAAAGUCGAGACGAGCAGCCCCUGAAGUGUCUUUUCUUCUCCCAGCUUCUAUCGGCCUUCCAGCUAACGGACGGGACUCUCGGAGGAUUCAAAACAAGAAACAAGCACAGGACGGGGACGGGAAAUCAGGGUGGAGUGGGCGGGGCCAAGAUGUUUUUUUUUUUUUUAUGUUUACCUGGAAACAGAUACCCGGAGACUUGAGAUGCUACCUACAGACACGCAUGGCGUCGCACUAAGCCACGCCCUCUCAUUGCACGCGAAUCGUGAUUUAUACACCCACCCGAAGGCGGCGCCAUGUUCGAUUCCGCACCCGGAAUGGCAUUGCUCGCAAAGAGGGCGGAGUGGCGGGAAAAUGACAAAUCCCAGCCAGGCUAGAACAAAAAGAGGACUUUUUAGGUGAGCCGGGGGUGAACAGGUGUAUGGUUUUUCUACACAUAUAGGACAUAAAGGGUGCCAUAACGUCGGCCAGCCCCGCUCCAGUUCUUCCACGCGACGUACGUCUGAUGCAUGCUGGCAGGACGACAAAAGAAAAAACAAAACAAACAAAAAAAAAUGGUGUGAGAUGAUAGCGUCCAAAUGAUCCCCCUCCAUCUUGACUUUUACGAUGUUUCUCAAUCUCUGUCGUCGUUUUUUUCCUUUUCCUCCUCUCUCUCUUUCUCUUUCUCGCUCCGUUCGCGUUGCCGUCCCCCGGCGGCGGCGGCGGCGGCGCUGCUUCUCCACCCCGCGCGGUCCCUCCACAUCUACUCGGUGUUCAUCUUAUUAUUUUCUAUAUGUCCAAUUUUUCUACAGUAUUUACUUUUAUUUUUAUUGUUACGGUUCUUUGAUGAACAUAAAGUGGAAAUUUAUUAUGAAAAAAAUAGUUUUGAAGAUUAACGAGUAAAUAAACUAUUACCCAAGUCA